AUUUUUCAUUUUUGUUGUUUUUUUUUUUUUUUUUGUUCCUUCUCUCUGAUUAAGUUUGUUUGCAGUGGUUGUUGAAUUCAGUUGUGUAAAUUAGAAAUGUGCAUGCGUUAGGUUUUUGUAAAUUUUGUUUUGGUCGAUUUUCAUUAAUUUUGAGUUUGGAAUGAGCUUGGUCAGAACUUAGGAAGUUCCGUCUAAUAAUCUUCUUUUUUUUCCUGAAAAUUUAUUUUCUGAAAUUUGAUUCAGCUCUGAGGCUCUGAGUUUUCGCGGUUAGGUGAAUUUUGAUUUCAAGGAGAAGAAAACGAGAGAGUGGGACGAAAGGAAUUACUUCUUUCCACUUGAUCCAGCUCAAUUCGAAGGAUAUGCAAGCUUGGUCAACUUGAUUACACAGAAGACUUGAAUCUAAAUUGAGAAUGGGAUCUCAUUGGGAUUUCAAGAACAUUGGCGAUGGACAGCCGCCAGAAGGCAGCGUUGGUGGUGCGGGAAGGCAACCGGGAAUUUUCCCAUUGGCACGACAACCUUCUAUCUAUUCGUUGACCUUCGAGGAGUUUCAGAACACCAUGGGUGGCCCUGGGAAGGAUUUUGGCUCUAUGAACAUGGAUGAAUUUCUUAAGAACAUCUGGACUGCUGAGGAGACCCAAGCCAUGGCUUCCUCCUUUUGUGGUCCUGAAGGUGGGUUUCCUGGAGGGAAUCUGCAGAGACAGGGUUCUCUCACUCUGCCUCGUACGCUCAGUCAGAAGACUGUUGAUGAAGUUUGGAGAGACGUGUUUAAGGAUAGUAACGGCAGCAAGGACGGGAGUACCGACGGAGGAUCGAAUUUGCAGCAGAGACAGCAGACUUUGGGGGAAAUAACUCUGGAGGAGUUCUUGGUGAGAGCAGGGGUUGUGAGAGAAGACGCGCAGCCUGCCGGAAGACCGAACAACCCUGUAUUUGGGGGCGAAUUUUAUCGUCCGAAUGACAACGCUGGUCCUGCUCUAGGCUUUUUACAGCCGAAUCGGACCGGUGGUGCUGUCGCUAACCAGAUUGGGGAAAGUAACAAUCCACUCCAGAACCAAUCUCCUAACCUGGCAAUAAACGCAAAUGGGGUCAGAUAUUCUCAGCAACAGACGCAGCCGCAGCAAUUACCACAACGUCAGCAACAGCAACAGCAGCAACAGCAACAGCAGCAGCAGCAGCAGCAGCAGCAGCAGCAGCAACAACAGCAACAGCAACAGCAGCAACAACAACAACAGCAACAGAAACUCUAUCCUAAGCCAGCGCAAACUACCAUGGCAUACGUUCCCCCACUGCAUUUAGCAAACGGUGCCCAGCUGGCUAGCCCUGGAGUGAGGGGUAGAGUUGUGGGAAUCGCCGAUCCAGGAGUGAACCAUGGUUUCGUUCCAGGUGGAGGGAUGGGCAUGGUGGGUUUAGGUGCUGGGGCUGUUUCAGUUGCGUCAGGAUCUCCCGCUAAUCAGCUGUCUACGGAUGGGCCUGCUAGGAGUAAUGGGGAUACAUCUUCCUUGUCACCAGUUCCUUAUGUGUUCAAUGGAGGUUUUAGGGGGAGGAAAUGCAGUGGGGCUGUGGAGAAGGUGGUCGAGCGGAGGCAGAGGAGGAUGAUUAAGAAUAGGGAGUCAGCUGCAAGAUCACGGGCUCGUAAGCAGGCUUAUACCAUGGAACUAGAAGCAGAAGUUGCAAAACUUAAGGAGGAGAACCAAAAAUUGCAGCAGAAACAGGAAGAAAUCAUUGAAAUGCAGAAAAAUCAGGUCCUGGAGGAGGUGAAUCAUCAAAAAGCACCCAAGAGGCGGUGUUUGAGGAGGACAUGGACUGGCCCUUGGUAGAGUUGGAAGGAUCGGCAGUGUGGUCCAAUAGCCUCAAUGCGUACAGUUUGGCCAAUUAGUAAUGUUGAGGAUAUUGGUUUUGUACUGGUAACCUGCUUGAAAUGUUAUUAAUCUGUUGAGGGUAGUUAGCUGUACAGAUAGAACGGAACAAGUGGUGUGCUGUACAUUGAGUUGAGAGUAGUAAUAUUAUGUAGAUUAAAUUUUCCCAUUA